AUGCGCCUGGUAAUGAAACUCACGGCACUCGCCGUUGCGGCUCUGCCUUUGGUCAAACCUACCAUCGCAUCCUUCCAGACUAGGGCAACAUCUGAUAUCCCGCAAUAUGUGUAUACACACGCUCCACUAGUUUGGUUAUACAGCACAGACCCAUACCGGCCAAGCGACCUGCAAGCGCAACUCGACAAUACCACUCCCGAGGUCAACUGGACUGCUGUAGCAGGCGCGCCGUCUCCAUUAACGUUGGAAAACCUGGAUAAGCUUAAUGAUCUAGGCAAUACAAGUGUCUACUUGACGACCUCUGGAGGUAUCGCUCAGACACCUCAACCAUCAUGGUGGGAUGGUAUCACACCAGACAGCAACGGGCGGACCGGUAACGCGACAGGAUGCGCCAUUGUUGUUGUAAAUCAUGGCGCUGGGAAGGUAGAUGCUUUCUACUUCUACUUUUAUGCAUAUAACAAAGGUGAUAAAGUCCUAGGCUUAGAAUUUGGCGACCACAUCGGUGAUUGGGAGCACAACAUGAUCCGCUUCGUCAACGGUACACCACAAGCAGUUUGGUUCAGCCAACACGCCAGCGGCCAGGCAUUCACCUACAACGCCCUCGAGAAAGACGGCCUACGACCUUACGCAUUCUCUGCUAAUGGGACGCACGCUAACUACGCCAUUGUAGGACAACAUGACCACACAAUCCCCGGCUUAAACCUCCCGGCUGGCUUACUACUCGAUUAUACUGAUAAAGGUGUUCUCUGGGACCCAACGCUAAACGCAUACGCUUAUACCUACGACCCCGCAACCGCGACGUUUGCUUCAGAUACCUCAGCGUCGUACCCAGUCCCCUGGCUAAAUUUCAAUGGUCAAUGGGGUGAUGCACAGCCUGUGGGGGAGCCAUCGAUUUUUGGAGAAGCGAAGUAUGUUGCUGGACCGAACGGGCCGAAAUUUAAGACUCUUGAUCGGACUCAUGUUUGUCCUUCGACGCCUUGUAUUGUGUUGCCGUUUAGGAUUUGGGCGGAGGCUGAGGCGGAGUAUAAUAUGAGGACCUAG